AUGCUUAGAGGGACACCUUGCAGGUGGACCUGGUCGGUUCUGUCGAUUCUGCUCACGCGCUCCCUCGCCGCGCGCCCGCUCCAUCCGCCCGACGUUUGCGUGCACUCUGGUGCAGAAGUGUACGCGCAGAUCUAUCGGGACUUGGCUCCAUAUGGAGCACUGGACGCCCAGCACUUUGCAUUCUACGAUGGGUUUUGCGCGCGGCGGCAGAAGGCUUGCAUUAGGCUGAGGAUUGUCAAUGGUGCAGCCUAUGUUCUGGACAUGUUCCCCGGGUACCAAAGUCGUCAUCGCAGCACGCUGCAUGCCCUCCAUCGCGUCAUGUCUCGAUUUGGAAACCUGCCGGAUGUGGAGGUAACCAUCGAUCUGACAGACGGCGAGCUUCAGAACAUAAAUCUACCCAUCCUGGUCAUCACGCACAAGAAGGAUGCCCCUGCCGGCAUACUGUACCCCGACUUCACCUUCUAUUCUUGGCCAGAGAGUGUUUGCCCCUCGUCCGAGACCGAGACCUCCCACAACUAUGACCACCUCUACCGCUUGUUCCGCGAGCGCUGGGGCGUGCGGGCCAGGUGGCUCAACCGAAGCGACACCCUCUUCUGGCGGGGCGCCCCUGUGGAGGACCAAGGCGCUCGCUCCGUGGCUUUGCAGCAGAUCGCAGCUGUCGAGAACUCCGAUGCGAAGUUUAUCUCCUGGAAGGCCGUGUCCUCCACAGGCCAGAAUGACGUCCAGGGCUGCGUGGGCUUGCUGGAGCAGUGCCAGUACCGGUAUCUGGCCUUCCUGGCAGGGACGACCUACUCCUCACGCAUCAAGUACCAGCUCCUUUGUGGUUCCCUGGUGCUGGCAGAGGAGCCCCGCUUCGUGGAAUGGUGGAGCCGCCUUUUAGUCCCUGGAGUUCACUAUGCCCAGGUGGAGAAGAACUGGGCCACCGUGCAGCCCUUGAUGCAGCUCUUGCGCCAGAACCCCAAAAGGGCGGAGGCCGUCGCACGCCAGGGCCAGCGUUUGGCCCUGACGGCGCUGUCCCCGACUGCCGUGGACUGCUACUGGUGGAUGCUCCUGGCGCUCAGUUCCAGGGUACUGCCUCCUGCCACUGGACCCCUGGGCCCCAACGCCCGGCCACUGGAGGAUGCCCUGCUGCUCCCGGAGGAUGCCACGCUGUCCUCACUGCAGGGCCUCAAGGGCGGCGUCUCGAUGCACGUGGCACCGAAGCCCGAGACGCAGGAGCCCACUACGUACUAUACGUAA